CAAGAGGUGAACGACCUUCAGGUUAAUGACACGACGGUCCCAACAGACAUCAACAGGAAGUGGAAAGCACAUGUGACCAACAUCCGACGAAUAUGUGAGCGGAUAUUACCUGCAGAGACAACAACAACUCUUUUCCAUAACAUCUGUGUACUUGUAACGACUUUAUGUUACUCUAUCCAAGCCCAACACAGUCAAAUGUAACGCUGCUUGGGACAUUUUGCUUCAAACCUGUGUAUUUGUGAGAAACCUUCAAAUUAUAUUUAUUGGGAAGAACUCGGAGGUUUUGUGUCUGUCGAUGACCCCCGGAAGUGGCCGUACACUACCGUGAUGUCCACAGAAGAAGAAGAAGAAGAAGAAGAGAGGAAACCUCUGUCUGUCGUGUCCAAGCUCUGUUACGGCCUUGGCGGGAUGGCAGUGGACACGUUCUGGACCGUCCUCGGGGCUUAUACCAACAUCUUUCUGGUGGAGGUCGCUCAGCUGCCACCCCUGUUUGGUACAUCGGUGGUAUUUGGUGGUAGAGCUAUAGAUGCAGCCUGCAAUUUCAUCAUUGGGCCUCUGAUUAACAGAACAGACACAAGAUGGGGAAAGAUAAAACCAUGGAUUCUGGGUUCCGGACUACUUCUCAUGCCCAUCUACAUAUUAGUCUGGUACGUCCCAGAAGUGGGACUGGAGGGGAAGUUGGCGUGGUACAUCUUGCUGUAUGUUCUUCUGAUGUUUGUUAAGACGGCCCUGUCCAUCUCAUCUCGUGCCCUUGUUGUGUUCCUGAGUCAUAACAGUCAGGACAGGGACUCAGCCACUGUCUACAGGGGUCUUUUUGUACUGCUGGGAAUAGUGGCAGGAAUGGCCAUACAUGGACAGAUUGUGGCCUUGUAUGAACAAGCACAGUUUGACCCAUGUACUAACAGUACCAAUAGCACCAACAGUACUAUGGAUAACAGUUCUUUGGCAGAAGUGAAAACUGGUUACCUGAUAUCAGCAGGAGUUAUUGCUGGCUUGACACUUGUCUGUGUCCUUGGGCUUCUCAUUGGAACAACUGAAAGAAAAGAUAUUUCAAAUACGUCCCAACAACAGCAUUCACAGUCAUUCAUCAUGAUGAUCAAGUCAGUUUUGACAUUUCGACCCAAUGUCUUUCUUUUGCUUAUAUUCACCAAUGUGUCGCUAACCCUUGCCAUAUUACUGGGGACGUCAGUUCUUUACAUACAGUAUAAAUUAGACCUUGCAGACCAGGUCCAAAAUGCAAUGCUAGCAUUUGUGCUAUCUGCCGCUGUCUCCAUGGUUCUCAUGGCCAAAGUGGUGGCCAAGUUGGGCAAGAGGAUUUCAUUCAUGUGCUAUCAGCUGGUAAUGCUAAUUGGUGUGGCCUUAAAUAUCACUUUCUUUCUAAUUCUUUGUAGAAUCGGUGGCUACAAAACCGGAGAAUGUGUUCAGCCUGCCUCUGUUGGUACCUCUCUGGAGAUUCUGGUCUCAGUUUUCCCGGCAGUAUGUUCUCUCUUGGCUGUGGUCUUGAUAUGGAGAUAUCCCAUCACAGAACAGAGGCGAGAGGAGGUUCAGAAACAGCUAGAAAACAGAAAAAAACCAGAGAGAGACAACCAAGUUCCAGAUUCAGAACUAACAGAGCUGGGUAAGGACCAACAGAGAUGGUACUCCUCUGGGACAACGGAGUCAUCAUCUGAAGACAAAACCCCUCCAUUGUCUGUGGAUCAAUAACAGGCAUUGAAAGAUGGAAUAACUGUAACAACUAGGAAGAAAAGGACUGUUUUCAACUAUUCAGGUCAAAAUAUGAGCAUUUUGCA